AUGUCGGGUGAUAAUCCUCUAGUGUCGGUGCUAGCAACAAGAGGAGCAGAGUUGAUAAAUGUGAUGGUGGGUGUCUUGAGCAAUCUUGCUCACAGUAACACCAAAGAUGAAGCUCGCCAUGCACUCGCAUCAAUUGCUGUCCUCAGUAAAGCCCUUCUUCCCCACCUAGGCCAAAAAUUACGAAAGAAAUCAGCUUAUAUCAUAAAUACCUUGGUCCACACCCUCACGUAUUAUACCACAAGAUUACAGGAACUGGCUCCAUACCUAGCAGAUCAUUGCAAUGAACUCCUGCUGAACGUCUGCCAGAGUGGUAUAGAAUGUUGCCCAGACAGUCUCUCCUCAGUCAUCCCUGUUCUUUUUACAAGGCUCCUGCCAUUUGCUCGGGAAUCAUCCAGUGUGAGGGAGUCUACCAUGCAGAUUAUAACAAGGGUGGUAAUGUGUGAACAACAGGACAUCCAGAAGGCUGUUGCGUAUUUACCACCUUUCCCUGAUACAGGUGACUACCAGUGUCUCGCUAUCCUGAGUGACCAUCAUGGCCAGUUGGUAGAAGUUUUUCGUGGCAAUCUUAUGUUGUACGAUGAAGUGGAAAGCUUCCUAGCUUUGUCCACAGAGCAGACUAAUGCUCACUCUGUAUCUCAUAUUCUCAAGCUGAUUCAGAACAGCAGGUCACAGGUGAAACAGCUCUACAGUUCACCAGACAUGGAGGGUGUGACUGUUGGCCAUCGCUUGACACAGGACCUUAUGAAUCUAACAUUAUCUACAGAUGAGAAGGUUGCACUGGAAGCAAGCAAAUGCUUGGGUGAACUAGGCCCCAUUCCCUUUAACACUCCGAUCUUCCACAUCACCAAAGAAAAAUAUCCUCUUAACCCAGAAAGUGUGCAAGGAGCUGUGGCAUCCCUUAUCAUCAAGACUCUCAACAUGUACCUGACAAGUGAACACACAGACAUUGUCGAGGCUGCUAGUUCCUCUCUUCUAUCUGUGUUAUCCACAAGGGAGGGAUACAAGGCUCUUCAGGAUAUGGACAAGAAACUCCAAGUGGAUUUAGCUCCAUAUAUUCCUAAACAUAUGCCAAAGGAGUCUUCUACUUCUUAUACAGGAGAGGAGCUGUAUGAGAGUGAAGUUGGUCGUGACAAUGUGUGGCUGUCAGGGAGCAGUUAUGAGGAGUGGGUGAUUUGUUUGGCCUGCACUCUGAUUGGUGCUGGCUGCAGCAGUGAGAUCAUUACACACAUUCUGCCAGUUUGCCGAGUGAAAGCAGAGUUCAGUGCCUUUAUGCUGCCUUACAUCAUACAUGCCACACUUCUUGCUGACAACGGGAGGAAAAGAGAGGUGCUCUCAAGGGAGAUAUCCUUCUUUUUCCAGCAACAUGUUGAGAAGAGCAAGCACAUGAGUGACACAGGGAUGUCUAAUGCUGUUGAUCUGAUGUGCCUUAACAAGUCUUCUAUUCAGGUGCUUCUCAGUGUCAUAGACUACUUGCGUGCUCAGACCCCAGAGAGGAGCUUCACAAAUAGCGCCAUCCGUACAACCAGCAGCCGCCUUACGCCAUGGGAGAAAAACUGGUGGCUGCGUGUGAAUUACCUGCAGGUGGCUCAGGCUGCACACUACUGUGGAGCUCACUUCUCUGCCAUCCUCUUCCUCCAUCUCAGUUGUGAAGAGCUAGAGCGUGAGAUUAGGGAGAACACUGAUGAAGAGACAGAUGUAAAUUCCAGACAAAUUCCCCCACUCCGCCGCCUGUCACACCUGCCUGAGGACACUGUUCUCAGAAGGCUAAUGCUACAGAUAUACAGUAGUCUUGGAGACAGUGAUGGUGUGGAAGGCUGUGGUGGUGGAAGCAAGCUUACUCACACCACUUCGAGGGCUGUGAGGUGCCAGCAUAGGGGUCAGUGGAUGGAGACACUCGCUAUCCAUGAUGCUGCAAAUUCCACAUUUGGAAUGAUUACCAGUCUACAAGAGCUUGGCUUCUUCAACACAAUAAAUCAGAUGCUCAGUAGAACAUCAGCCAAGCUCUCACCGGAGCUUUCAGCUGCUCAGUGGGAAUCAGCCUGGAGACUCACACAGUGGGACCUGGACUUAGGGAAGACAGAAGAAGAACCACACUCCAAUGGGACAGAUGGAAUGGAUGAAUGGAACUUUCACAAGCACUUGUUUCAUAGCCUCCAGUAUCUGCGCUUCCAGGAAGCAGGAGGUCUCAUGCACCAUGCACUCCAAGCCAAGAAAGGAGUCAUCAGCCAGAUAAGAAAUAGUCGGGCAGAAAGUAGCAGCUCUGUAUACCCGCUGUUGACUCAGCUGCAGAUCCUGAAUGAAGUUGAGGCAGCAUCCUUACUCUUGAGUAAAGCUGAGUCACUUGAUGAAUCUCACAGAGCAUUAAAAGAGUUGGAGAAGUUGUGGGCCUCAAAAGAUCAGCCAUUCAAUGUGGACUUCCGUUACAAGGAGCCCAUCCUGGCAGCAAGGAUUUCUGUGCUCCAGUCCCUCCCUGCAACACAUAAGUCUUCCAGCACCAGUCUCCUCCACAAGACUCUGCUCAGCAAAAGUAUGUUGUCAAGGGAGAGCCUGAGGAUCCAUGGGGGAGGGUGUGAAUCAGCCCUGCAGCAAACAGCAAGGCUAGACGUCUCUACAAGCAUGGCCUGGAGGACGCGGCUAGAGGAGGCCCAUGUCGCCAGGUACAAGGGAGACAGCCAGGAUGCAGGACAGAUUCUCAGCUCACUGCUUGAAGAGAUGAAAGGGGUAAAGCUGGAGCCAGAGCAAGAGGAGGUGUUGUGUCAGAGCCUGAACCUGUAUGGCUGCAUCCUGAUGGACUCCAGGGCCCGGUCCCCCAACACCAUCAUUAGCCAGUACUUUAAUAAGGCUGUCAGCAUCCUCGAGUCAAAUAAUAGCUUAGAAAGUAAAAAAGUCCUGGAAAAUAGCUACCACCAGCUGGCUGUAUAUGGUGACAAGCUGUACCAUGAAGUGCAUCAGUAUUUGGAGUCCGACACCAUCCAGGCCAAACGGGAGAAUAUCCAGAGGUCACAGGAGGAGUUGAAGCGCAUUAAGAACCUUUACAAUUCUUGUACAGAUCUUGCUGAGAAGAAAGAGGUUCAUAGUAAGAACACCCUCCUGCAGAAGAACAUUGCCAUAGACAUGCAGGUCCUGAAAGAGUUGGAAGUAGAGGAACAAGAAUACAUCUACUUGGCCUUGCAGAACUACCUCAAGUGUCUCCUAGUAUCAAGUGAACACGACCUCCACAUGCACAGAGUUGUAGCACUCUGGCUUGAGAACACAGAGCAGAAGGUCAACCAGCUGAUUCAUGAGUAUGUAAGCAAAAUAAAGAGCUACAAGUUUGUUCCACUCAUAUACCAGCUAGUAGCAAGGCUCAAGCAGCAGAAUGACAAGAAUGACACUUUUCCUCCCAUCCUUUUGAAUCUCCUAGAACAAACCUGCAAGGAGCACCCACACCACUGUCUCCCAGUGGUAAUGGCCCUGGCCAAUGCCCAUGUAGAUGAUGCACUGGCCAAGUCAGGCGGCAAGAAGAGCAGGUCUCAGAACAGAGAGAUCACUGAGGAGGACCGAGUUCAGGCUGCUAAACUCCUAGUGAAUCGUCUCAAGAAGACACCUCUUUUAGGCCAUGUAGAUGAACUGGAGAGAAUUUGUCUGGCUUACUUGACACUCGCCAACUGGUCGGGUCCUAAGGAUAAGUAUCGUCCAGGAGAGAAGGUAAAGAUCUCGAGCAGCCAACCCCUAAUGAAUCUGGGCAGCGUCGAUCACACAGCUGCCCUGACACGCCCUUUGCCACUCCAGCCCUCGGGCUAUUACACGCCUCCUGUAAUCAUAGGACUGGAGCCAAUAUGCACCUUUGUCGGGGGGAUCAAUGCACCAAAAAGACUCACCCUAAAGACGUCUGAUGGGCUAAAGCAGUUUGAACUUCUAAAGGGGAAAGAUGAUAUCAGGCAGGAUGCAGUCAUGGAACAGGUAUUUGGAAUUGUGAAUGAGCUCCUAGCAAAGAACUCUGAAACUCGGGAUCGAUUGCUGUCUGUACGCACCUACCAAGUGACGCCUCUCUCUCAGAAGAGUGGUCUUAUCCAGUGGUGUAACAACACUCAGGCUUUUGGGGAGUACUUAAUAGGUCCAAACAAGAACAGUGGUGCUCACAAACUCUAUUAUCCCAAUGACUACACAGCAGCUGUUUGUCGGGAAUUGAUGGGAAAAGCUAAAGGAAAGUCAUUGGAAGCAAGAUAUGAAGUGUUUGAGAAAAUCCUGGAGCAUUUCCACCCUGUGUUUCGACAUUUCUUCUUUGAGAACUACCCAUCACCACACGAGUGGUAUAAGCGCCGCUUGGCAUAUACUCGGUCAGUUGCCACCAACUCCAUGGUGGGCUAUGUCCUGGGUUUGGGUGAUAGGCACGUGGAGAACAUCUUGUUGGACAAGUCCACUGCUGAGUUGAUCCACAUUGAUCUGGGCAUUGCAUUUGAGCUGGGCAAGAUCCUUCCCACACCUGAGACUGUUCCCUUCAGGCUCACACAGGAUGUUCGGGAUGGCCUGGGGGUAAUGGGGGUAGAAGGACCCCUGCGUCGCUGCUGCGAGGCAACGCUCAGUGUUUUGAGGAACUCAGGCGAGGUGCUUGUAACAGUUGUUGAGGUCUUACGUCAUGACCCCCUGCACCAGUGGACACUGUCUCCCCACCAAAUUGCACGCUUGCAGGAGAACGACGAGGAGGACCAAGAAUUUGGAUGUACCAGUUCGGCUUCAAUGGCAGAUCGUGUGGUGCUGAGAGUGCAGCAGAAAUUAGCUGGAGUAGAGGAUGGCUUUGCACGCUCUGUCUCAGAACAAGUGACAGUUCUUAUACAGCAAGCAACAGAUCUUUCAAACUUGUCAAGGCUGUUCCAAGGAUGGCAGCCCUAUUUAUGAUUUUCUUUACCAUGGAUUUUGCAGUAACAUUGGUGUGUCUUAUGAUGGUGCUGAUUGUUCAAAAUUUUACCAGAUCUUAAUUUUGUGAUGAUUAGAUGCAUGAAAGUGAAGAGAACAUCAGAAUUACAUUACAUUGAAUUUCACUGAAUUGAAUUAUCUAAUCUCAGUUUUACUCUAUUAUUAUUGUUAUUAUUAUUAUUAUUUUAUAUUUUUCUCUCUAAUUCUUAAAUUCAAAUUGUAAUAGAGAUCUGUGAUAUUUCCCAAGGUGACAAGAUACAAAUAGGGUUCCUAACUAUUUUAGAAAUAACCUCAUGUAAGCUGAUUAUUAAUUUAGCACCUUCAUUUAAAUGUGAAAUGUUUUAAGGUUGAGAUUUUAUCCCUCACAAAUGGGUCCUGUUCCUCCUUCUCCAAGCAUUCACCAGCCAUCACCAUCCACAUGCAUCCUCACUCAUGCAGUGUCAAUAAAAGAUAAAUACAUGUA